AGAGAGAGUGUUCGCCGCGGGAGUUCUCGGUUGCUAAGUCACGCACCGCUGUAACUCGGUAACCCAAAGGUUGUAUAAACACCCUCGAGAUGGAUUUAUUAUCGAGCUUUUUCUGCUUCCGGUGAUAUCGGUUCAACCGACUGUUUCAUCUCCGUUAGCUCGAGCUCAGCGACAUCCCUCCUGAACCAUCCCGCUUUUCUGCUUAGUUUCAGACGCACCGCACGCGCAAUGUUUCUCAGCGCAAACUGACGCACGCGCGUUUCUGUUUAAAUGAACUACAGUCGUCAAGACGCAGAAUGUGCUCUAAUGGAGGCGGAGUGAUAGCGGCUGAUGAAUGAUGAAGACCGGGUUUUGUGAGAUUAACGGCCCGGGAGUACAAGAAUGGACAGACGGGUCCAGGUACGAAGGGGAGUUCCUAAAUGGACUAAAACACGGAAACGGUACUUUCACCUGGCCUAACGGAGAGUGUUAUAAAGGCUCAUUCUACAAGGACUACCGGCAUGGAAAAGGAACCUACUUCUGGCCAGAUGGCUCUCAGUUCAUUGGAAAGUUUUAUCUGAAUCGUAAAGAGGGCUAUGGCGUUCAUCAUUACCCAGAUGGAACUAUUUUUGAGGGUUUGUAUCAUGCUAAUGAGCGUUUCGGACCUGGAGUGAUGUCAUAUCCUGAUGCCUGUCAGGAUGUUGGUCUGUGGUAUCGCCAGUGGCUACUGCGACUAUGCACCACUGUUCAGGGUGGCUUCACUUUAACAGACUUUCCAGAACACAUGGCCCGACUUCCACAGCAACACCUUAACCAGAUCCAGUCUCUGCCUUCCUUCACAAUGGGCUCUUGUAUAGAAGGCAAUCAUUUCUUGACAAUUGAUGCGUAUCUGCUGGGCGACUCCUCUCAUCGGGAGAAUGAGAAAUUCAUCCUUCCGCCAGGCAUUGAGAGCUACUCCACUGACUCAGACCACCUGCCUAUACCCCAGAGCUUGCGUCAAGAACUCGACUUGCACUUCUUUAACAGAAGCAAUAUCAGCAUGCCUUUGUUCUCUAACAGACUACCUCUUCAGCAGAGAAUGGAGGCUCAAAUCCAAGCACACAGUUUUGAGGUUGAAGAGUUGAAUUGGAAUGUUGCAGAUGUCCUGGCUAUGAACCGGGAUCACUUUGGACCCAAGGGCCCCCUGGAGCUCAGGUCAGAGAGCUUCAUUAAAGAGGCAUCACUUGGUGACCUCCAGAAUAUCCAGAGCAUCCUUAGAGAUGGAAAAGUUCAUCCAGAUGUAUGUGAUAUGCAGGGACAUACUGCACUCAUUGCCGCUACGGUCAACUGUCAUGAUGAUGUGAUCAAUUUGCUGCUGGACAGCGGGGCUGAUGUGAAUAAGCUGAACCAUGAAGGGAUGUCUGCUCUGGCUGUGUGCAGUGUCCUUUACUAUCCACUCCAGUCUCUACAGGAGACAGUGGCUGAAAAGACUUAUGAGGAUAUCACCACAAAACCAGAGAUCAGUGAGCCCUUAACCCUGACUAACAGCUCACAGGGAGCUACUGCUGAGGAAAGACCAAAAGAUGAGGUUGAUACAGAACUGCCAGAUACAGACAGCCAAAUUAACCAGGUGAAGUCUGAAGAGUGCAGCACAACUCAAAAGUCUGACACUCCCAAGCACAAGGAGGAAAUUAAAAGCCCCAGGAAAGAUGAAGAGGUUCCUCAGCAGACACCAAAUGGACAGGGCCUGGUGGUAGAGGUUGAACUGUUAAAGGAACCAGAGCCCCUGAAAAGUGGAAUGCUGGGAGACACUUCUGCCUGCCGCCAAGAUGAAGAUGAGGGAAAAAAUGUCUUUUCCACUGACAAAGAUUCAAAAACUGACAGAAAUAUUAGUCCAGGAAGGGACCCUGGCUUUGACUUGGCCAGUCCUGUGGAUAGCUUCCACAUCAACACCCCAGAGGCCAUCAUGGCGCAGAUUGAUGAGGUUCUGUCUGAAACCGGCCAGGUGUCACCUGCACAAACCCGGGAGACUGUCAACAGGAUAGCAAUCAUGAAAACUGAAAAUGAGGCCCACUGGGCCACCAUGAAGCUACUGCUGGAGCGAGGAGCAGACCCAAACGUGUCCAGCAUUCCGAUGCCUGUCAUUUUUCUGGCCAUAAAAGCAGGCCAUGUUGAAGCUGUGCAGAGACUGCUGGAGUGUGGUGCUUGCACAGACCUGCACUUAACAGCUGAGCAAAAGGGCCUAUACCCACUCCAUGUUGCAGCUGGACUAACUGGCCCUGUGGGUCCUAAAAUCACAGAGCUGCUCCUGCAUGCUGUUGCAGACCCUGAUGUGAAAGCACAGGAUGGCAGUGAAGUGUAUGUUCUGGACAAGGUUAGACUUCAUGACACUACAAAGAAGGAGCGGGUGGAUGGUGGAAACAUGUCGUCCCUCGGUUCUGAAACCUGCAUUAAUACAACCUCCAUAGAUGCACCUAAGGAAGGGGGAAGGACUCCACUUCACGUGGCCUGCCAAAGAGAUACAGAUUAUGCAAAUGCCAGAGAUGUCGUCUCUAUACUUCUCUCCCACAAAGCAAGCACCAACCAUCUGUGGAGCGGCCAUUCUCCCCUCUCCCUGGCCAUCGCCAGUGGCAACGACCUUGCUGUGGAUGAGCUUCUUGGUGCUGGAGCUGAUCCUAACCUGCCCCUCACCUGCCAAGUGGGCAGUGCACUGUGUGCUGCUGCCAACAUCCACUAUAACUCUGGGCCUCGCCUGCGCAACAGAAUCAAACUGGUUGAGAAGCUGAUAAAGGCUGGGGCCAACAUCCUGAUGCCUGUAGUUGUUGGUGAGAGGGGCAGGAGUGCUAUAGGAACAGCGGUGGAUUAUGCUUAUUAUAUGUUUAACAAGGACUGGCGAAUUGCCCACAUACCUUACCAUGCUCUAAAACAGCAAGAGAGGGAGGCCUACAAUGCCCGCCGUCAGCUCAUCACCAUGAUGGCAGAGCUUAUGAGACAGGCUGCCACCAGCAUGGAGAAGCAGCGUUGGGAAAACGAGAAGAGCCAAGGCAUACACAGGGUUAGUCCCACAGACAAGUUUGUCUUUACUGGAACAGGAGCCACACCCCCUGCAGAUCGAACAAGAGCUGUAGAAGAGCAAAGAGAAUCUGUAAACAAAUCAACGGUUCAAAAGAGGAAACCCUUGUUUAAGUACUGUUACCAGUGUGGCCGUUCAGCAUGGGUGGCGUUAACGCCCUGUAGCCGCUGCCACGAAGUGUUCUACUGCAGUAAGGCAUGUAAGCUGAAGGCCUGGAAUGAACGCCACAAGGAGGAAUGUUUACGUGUGCCAGGAAGUGGACGUCCUGAAGGUAGUCACAUGUCUGGUGGCCAGCGGUGCCUUCUUUCAAGCAAAAGCUCCAGGAAAGGCAACAAUCAGAAUUUCAAGUUGGAUAAACCAAACUCAAGCAAGGCAGAAUCACACACCUUCACACAUCAGCAUAACCCUGAAGAAAAUUACAGUUUUAUUUGAUCUAAACGAAAAGAGAUUUUCAAUGUUACAACGAACUUUUGGAUUGUAGUUCCUCCUAAAAGUAUUGAUUUUUAGCGAUCUGGGUGUUAAAUUGUGUUAGAAUUAAUCUUCAGAUAUUUCAUAAAUCUUUUUAUGUUUGAUUCCACUUUUCAAGUCUCAUCCAUUGUAUUUACAGACUCAUCAAUAGCUGACCAAAAAUAUUGAUUACUUUCCCCAUGAGCUACUGACAUUUAAGCGUAGCGGUACAAUUU